AUGUGUAGCAUCGAGCCUAAUCCCAACGUGUCUGGGAUCGGUAUACGAGUCUCUUUCUAUGCUACCAGCACUAUUAUCUCCUUGCUGCGAUUUGGGAGGGGUUAUACGGAGCUGUGCGAUGCUUUGGCUCAGGGCGCCGGUGUGAACGCGCUAGCCUUGCUGAUUGUCGCAAUUGUGCAAACCGUAUCGAAAAAACUGGAUCUCUUUCAUGCCCUUAUUAUAUCCCAUAUUAAUGGUUAUUUCGGGAUAAUAUUAUUCGUGCACCCUCUAUACUACCGCGCUCCCCCAAAGCAACUGGCUUUCUACUGGGUGACGAUAUGGAUUCUUCAGACUGUCCAUUCUGCCUGGGCGGUAUAUCUUAUGGUGAACGCUCCAAGAUUCGGGCCCGACCCAGAGUGUAAUGACAGCGUAAUCUAUCUCAUGCUCGCCUGGAAAGUUCGAGUCACCGCCCUUUGGUUCAGGGCAUUAGGGAUCGCGGUAAUAGGCGUGUCAAAUCUGGCAGCGCUGUAUGCAACGCCUUGGAUCAUCAAGUCCAUUUUUCGUUUGCUCAAGGGCUCGUUGACCCGGCAAGCGGCGCAUGAGCGGGAUCCGUCCUUCGAGCUUCCAUACUUUUCGGGGACUAACCCACAUCCGACGUUUGACACUCCCACAACACCAUAUAUUGAUCAACAUUCAUCACAAAAUCCAAGACUACAGCCAACUCCCCAGGCCGUGGCCAAUGCUGACAAGGUUCUGCAUUUCUGUGGCGCCCUCGGGCGUCUGAUCGGUACCGCAUAUGGUGUCAUCUCGCUGGAACUCACCGUCCACUUCAAUCACGUACAACCCGGCGAGAAUGUGUGGAAUUUUGGACAGCUUGUCGCAGUAGUCAUUCUCGCUGGGAAUACCCACCAAUUUGUUCGUUUCUAUCUGAAAAAACGCGAGGAGGGGGUCCCACCAGUGACCAUCAUGGACUGA